GUCUCGCGAUAGAAGAAAUCACAUAGCCGCGGAGAAACAUGGCAGCGCUGUUUGAAGGAUACACGUUGUGUGGUGUUGGACCAGUGCAAAAUUCCUGUAAUCUAGGGAUUCUGGGAGUUGAACAGGGCAGAGAUAACGACCAUAUUCUCGUCACUGACUCUUCGAGAUCUAUUACCGUUUACAAGGUGUCUGAUCAGAAGCCUACGGCCAGUUGGUCAGUGAAACAGGGACAGAAAAUUUCUUGCCCUGCUGUGUUUAACACGCAGUCCCAGGAAUAUGUGGUCGUUACAGAUGACAAGGUCGUCAGAGUUUGGAAAGAAGAUGAUGUCAACCUGGAAAAGGCUUUUAAAGCAACAGUUUCAGCUGAUGUUCUCAGAGUGCUGUCAGCUACUGACGUUGAGCCUGUGGUACUAUUUUGCUGUGGGGCUGUCAGGUUCCUGGACUCACUGCUUGCUUCCCCACAACAGCCCAUAGAGGUUGUCUUGGCAGAGGAUGAAAUUAUCAGGUGGAGCUCUAUCGUUAAGGCAGAGCACCAGCUUGUCAUUUUGUUCAGCACAGAAAAGAGAGGAGAGCAUUGCCUGUAUGUUCAGAGAUUUAACCCCAACACUCUUGUGAAACACAGAUUUGAGACUGAACCUGGUCUCUCUGCACCCAUUAGCUUCUCUGCCACAUGCAGGGGUAGUAAUAUACACCUGUUAUACUUAUAUUUGAAUGGCAGUGUGUAUGAGAGUCUGUUGCCACUCAGAAGUUCAUCUACAGGAGCUGAAGGUGUCCAGGCGCUAUCUCGCUCCCUAUGUCUCAGUCUUCCUCUUGGGGAAGAAAAACUGAUGUCUGGUGCUGCUGUUGUGCUUGAUGAGGCUCAUGUAGCUGUGGUUGGAUUCCCCCACCCCUCUGCUGGAGCUUGUAAAGAUUACCUUUGCAUCUGGAACACGCAUUUUCAAACUCUUCAGGCUAGUAAGGAAAUGGCAGGAAGAAUCUAUAGUAAGUUGUGGUGUUAUUCUGGGAAGCUGUAUGUCUGUCAUGGGAAGAUGCUGUCAGUAAUUCCUUUUGAGUGCCAGAAGUCAUCUCUUGCAGUUGCCAUGGGAAAACUGAAGGAGCCAAGUCAGAGUGAAUCCAAAUCACGCAGCUUUGCGUCUUCCUGGACUGCCCAGUCUUACGGUGAUGUCACACAGGCAACAGAAAUCAAAAGCAGAAUGUCAACCAGAAAUAAUUCUAAUGCCAAGUCUGCACUGACAGUGGAGCAACUCAUAGAACAUAUUAAGACAAAUGCGUUAGAGGAUGUACAAGCAGAGGUGUGCGAGUUUAUUCGUCGGACUCCUCAGGCUGACCUCCAGCUGGCAGCAGGAAGUGUGGCGUUAGAGCUAGUGUCAAGAUCGCAGAAAGAUGCCAACUUCUACCCUCAAUGUUUAUUUCUACAGCUGCUGGAGACUCGGUACCUCUGCUACAGCGUGUGCCCUGAACUGCUCUCAUUGGCCAUGGUGAAGAAAGAUUUCCAUCUCUGUCAGAUUGCUUUCCAAAUAUUUUCUGACAUUCCUGAAGCAGUUACCUGCGCUUGUCUCAAAGCUAUUCUCAGUACUCCAGACUCUGAGAUGGAGACUGUGAAUCUUGACACAGGCAGUGUAUUGUUCAUGAAAGAGCUGACUCAGGCACAAAGUCGUUCAGAUGAGGAGGGUGGGCAGUUGAACGGCAUUUGCCCCACUGCACUAGAGAAUGAUGUCUCUGAAACCCCUGUCAACAAGCUACAAAGAGAUCCCUUGUCACUGGAUAUGAGCUGUCCUGUGGGGUUACACAAGGGUGCCCUUCUAAAUGAGGUUCUGCAGACAGCAUACAGUGACAGACCCCUGCUGCCACAUCUAAAAGAUCUCACAGUUCCACAGGUCAUAGUCUUUUUACAGUAUCUAAGGUUCCUUUAUUUUAAAUAUUCUCAUGAUGCCCACAAACAAAUCCAAGAUUUACGGACCCCAAGUAUUUCUCAGAUCAUAGACUGGGUUUGCUUACUACUAGAUGCUCAUUUCACUGUCUUGGCUGUGGCACCCGAAGCCAAAAGAUUAGUCUCUGAUCUUCACAAGUUUGUGAGAUCACAGGUAAAACUGUAUGCUGAACUGGGCAAAAUUGAGGGAAGUCUGCAAGUGCUUAAAACUUCCAAACAAUCUGAAGAUUUUGGCAUGUAUGGAGUACAAGUAAUUGAGCUCUUUUAGAUUACUUGUGCAGAUUAUUUUUAAUAAAAUGCUGGUGAUGUGCCCAGAUUUCUGCCUGUAUUUGACUUAUUUUCUUAGUUUGUUUUUAGAGAUGUUUGAAAUUCUUUCAGCUUUAAAAAAAAAUUAAUAAAUCUAAGUAUUAUGAAAUGACUGCAGUAAAGCUUUGCAGGUUAUCAUUCAUUCUGUGUUGUUUUUCAUGUCUGUACAAACAAGCUGAUAUUGAUGCAAAAGAGGACCGUACUCUGAAUCUCUACUUUUAUUCAAUUCAGUUCAAGUUUAUUUGUAUAGUGCUUUUCACAAUAUAAAUCGUUGCAAAGCACCUUUACAGAAAAUAUAUUAAAAAAAAAUACAAUAUAUUUAGUAGUAGUGUAUAUAUAUAUGUGUGUAUACAUAUGUGUAUAAUAUAUAUUCGCAUUUUGUGUUGGUGGAUCGUAACCAGAUUGUAAGUACUGCUUCAAAAGGCAAAAGAAGAAACAGGAGCAAGAGCCAAAAAACAGAGUAGGCAAUUCAUAGAAAACUGUAGAAACCUCAAACAGCCUGAUCAAAAGUUUAAGACUAUCGCCCAAAAAACCCACAACAGAGCUAAAAGUGCCAAAAAAAGGACUCAAUAAUGAGUAGCCCCACCACUCUUGCUGAUUAGUUAAAGCAUUCAUUUUGGUAUGCUUUAUGCGACUGUUUCCAGGAAGCUGGUGGGAAUGUGUGUCCAUGUGGUGAAGAUGGAUUCACGAAGGGCAUCCACAAUCUGGAACUGACGUUUUUUUUUUUUUUUUUUUUUUUGUAAACUUCCCUUGCCAUCCAUCCCCAAACAUUCUCAAUGCAAUUUAGAUCAGGGGAACACACAGAAAGGUGCAAAAGAGAGACGUUAUUCACCUUCGUCAGGUGGACGUUGUGAAGUGCAGCGUUGUCCACAAAGCCAAGACUCAGUCAUUACCGCACAGACAAGAGCCCUCAGUCAAGAGGGAUGCCCACUGCAACAGGUCCACAAAGCCAGCGGCCAUUUGACGCCCCAAAACAACCUGAAGCUCCAUUUUCCCAUUGAAGGAAAAAGCACUCCAGAUCAUGAUGGAGCCUCCUCUGCUGUGCCGUGUAGAAAACAUCUCUAGUGGGAUCUCUAUGUCAUGCCAGUAAUGUUAGAAGCCAUCAGGACCACCCAGGUUAAUUUUUUUUCUCGUCAGAGAAUGAAACUUUCAUCCAGCUUUCAAUGGCCCAUGUUUGGUGCUACCUUGCAAAUUCCAAACAGGCAAGUUUGUGGCAUGGGAGGAGAUGUGGCCUUUGAAGACGUCUUUGUUCUUGAAUCCCUUCUAUUGCAGAUGCUGCAGUCAGCAUCAGUAAGGGCCUCAAUUUGGGUCGAGGAUCGGUCUGUGCCUUCACGGACAGCCUGUCAGAUCCUCCGGCUCAAUACAGGUGAAUUUUCGUUGGGUCAACCACUUGACUUUUUUUUUAACUCUCAGGAUCUUUUGAGUAAUGUAAAAUGGCUGUCUUACUGUGUCCAAUCUCGGCAGCGAUGGCGCAUUGCAGCUCAACAAUCCUGCCACAUUCAAAGACAGAAAGCCUUUUUGCCUGUGUGUUAUGUUAUUAAAAAGUAUUAUGUUUAGAUAUAUAGAAACAGACAUAAUUCACAAUUGAGAUAUGUAUUUUUGUAUUAUAUAUACAGUAGUCAACAUUUGAAGUGGAUCAAAAAAGUUAAUCACAAUUGUCCUUAGACAAGAAUGGGUAUUUUUUUGGUUUUAGGAAAACUUUGAAAGGGUUUGAUCUACUUAAAAUGCUGACUACUGUGUAUAUAUAUCGGGAGAGCUGGGUGAGUUGAGCCAGAUUUUACAUGUGUGUUUAAAGCGUGCACAUGACAGUACUCAGUUAGGAUGUGGUGCGUCUUUGGGAAUAAUUACUUGUAUGUGAUAACAGUUAAAAAAAGAAAAA